AACAUAUCUCUAAGCUAAGAGACGAAGUCGUGAGAGGAAAAAAAUUAAAGAGAGAAUUUCGAUAGCUUUAUAAUGGUGAACUUGGUGGUUGCACUAAGAUCCUCGAUGUGCAUGAUCGUAAAAUCAGCCGGCAUUGUUCCCUACACCGUAGAAAUCGAACCAGGAACCAAUAUUCAUUUCUGGUUACCAAAGAAAACCGGCGAUAAACCGGCCGUGUUACUCAUACAUGGUUUUGCCGGCGAUGGAGUGAUGACUUGGGCGUUACAGGUUCGUUCUUUAUCAAAGAGAUACUCUGUUUAUAUACCGGACUUGCCCUUCUUCGGUAAGUCGUACACCGAUAAACCGGACCGGUCACCGGAGUUUCAAGCCGAGUGUUUGGUAAAGGCUAUGCGUAUCCUUGGCGUGAAAACGUUUGUUCCGGUCGGGUUUAGCUACGGUGGCGUUGUGGCGUUCAAGAUUGCGGAGUUGCAUGGGGACAUGGUUAAGGCUUUAGUGGUGUCUGGUUCUCCUCCGGUUAUGACUGACUCGAAUGUGAACCGGUUUGGGUUUAGUUCAGUUUCGGAUGUCUUGUUACCCAAAACGGUUAAAGGACUUAAGUUUCUUCUCUCCUUAGCUAUGCAUAAACGCAUCUGGCUCCCAAGUUGGCCACUAAAAGAUUACCUUAAGGUGCAUCAGACAAUGUUUACUAAUAGGAAAGAAAGGGCUGAACUCUUAGAAGCUCUAGUCAUCAGUAAUGACAAUACAUUCCCAAGUUUUCCUCAGAAAAUACAUCUUUUGUGGGGCGAAAAUGAUCAAUUCUUCAGUCUUGAAUUUGCGAAAGAUCUGCGAAUAAAAUUGGGAGAAAUAACAAGCAUGGAAAGUAUAAAGAAUGGAGGUCACUUGGUGCAACUGGAAAGACCAUUUAUCUACAACAAACUUCUCAACAAAUUUCUUGCUUCCGUAGAAAAUCUUUAAAAUAAGAAUCCAAAUUGUUUAAGCACAAUAUUUUUACUAAAAAAAAAAAAUUGGAUUUGUGAUUUUUUAAAUUAGUAAAUAACAAAUAUAAA